ACAUGCUAUUCUAAUAGCUAACACCAGACCAUAAGAUUGUUAUGGCUAGACUUGAGUACAUGCAAUCUGGAAUUCUUUUGGCAUUCUUCCUUGCAUUGGCACUAUAUUUUGUGAUCAAAGUGGUCUGGAGAUCUAAUCCCAUUGGAAGUAAGCGGAACAAUAUGAGACUUCCCCCAGGAAGAAUGGGAUGGCCACUGCUGGGAGAGACAUUAUCAUAUCUAAGACCUCACAUAGCUACUACACCUGGAGCAUUCAUGGAACACCACACUUCUAGGUAUGGGAAGAUUUUCAAGUCACAUUUAUUCGGACACCCAACUGUGGUCUCAGCGGAUCCAAGUCUUAACAAUUUCAUUCUUCAGAAUGAAGGGCGGCUGUUUGAAUGCAAUUACCCCCCAAGUAUAGCAGGCAUCUUGGGGAAAUGGUCUAUGCUAGUACUGGUGGGAGACAUGCACAAGCAUAUGCGAAGUAUUGCCUUGAAUUUUUUGACUAACACCAAGCUUAGAAGCCAUAUUUUAGAGGAGAUCAAUUCAAAUGCUCUCUACAUUCUUAAGUCGUGGAAGGAAAACAGGCCUAUCAGUGCACAGGCCGAGUCCAAAAAGUACACCUUCAAUCUGAUGGCCAGUCAAAUCAUGAGCUGCAAUCCAUGGGAACCGCAGACCGAGUAUCUAAUGAGAGAAUAUUUUUCUUUUAUGAAAGGAGUGGUAUCUUUACCUCUGAAUCUUCCACGGACUCACUACAGGAGAGCACUCAAGUCAAGAGCAAAUAUACUAGAAAUCGUGAAGAAGAAAAUGGAGGAGAGAAGAAGCAAAUCGAACUAUCAACAUAAGGACCUGCUAAGCACAGUAAUGGAGGAGGGUAGUCUUUCAAUGGAACAGAUCUUGGAUCUCAUUCUUAACUUUCUCUUUGCUGGCCAUGAGACUUCCUCAGUAGCCUUGACUCUCGCAAUUUACUUCUUAGCCCGAUCCCCCAAGUCUAUGAAACAGCUAAGGUCAGAACAUUUAGGUAUAGCGAGAGCAAAAGAGCUGUCAGAGAUGGAUUCAGACCUGAACUGGGAGGACUACAAACGAAUGUGGUUUACUCAAUGUGUCAUCAAUGAGACCCUCCGGCUGGGAAACGUGGUCCGUUUUGUGCAUCGGAAAGCCCUGCAAAAUGUGCAUUUCAAAGGAUACGAAAUACCUGCUGGAUGGAAAGUUAUACCCGUUUUUGAUGCCGUGCAUUUAGAUUCGACUGUCUACGAGAGCCCCAUGGAGUUUAAUCCCCUGAGAUGGAAGAAUAUGAAGAGUGGCACAUAUUUCACGCCUUUUGGAGGAGGCCCAAGAUUGUGCACCGGAAUCGAACUUGCAAAAGUAGAGAUUGCUGUUUUUCUUCAUCAUCUCGUAAUCAGAUAUGGAUGGGAGUUAGUUGGAUCAGACCAACCAUUUGUUUUUCCAUUCGUAGAGUUUGAAAAGGGGCUUCCAAUUAAGCUUAGUUUGCUCGCUGAGGAUUGAAUAUACCGAAUCAUGACAGUGCAUGAGCUUUAGAAAGACACAAUAUGCAUCCUAUAUAAACAUAGAAAGGACGUAGUCGGUGCAAGUGCUUAGCCAAAUGAGAUAAAAUCAGAGGUUCCCGCUUCUACACGCAGUUCUGUCUGUAUACGGGUCUUCAUCAACACGAUUGCAGAAAGAUUUUGCUGUUCAUCAAGAUAUUUUUUCUGGUAGAAGAAAAAGUAGAAUUGUAUGAAUCCCUAUCACAGUAAGAUAAAAUUACUUCACCUCAGAGAUUACCCAUUGGGCUGGAAUUUUAUCUGAUUAUGAAUCACGCUUUACCUAGCAAAACAUAAAUAUCCUAGUCUUGAAAAUGUCAGCCUAUGUAAUGUGAUGUUCUAGUGGAGAUGGAAUGAAUCACUUACAGUGUCGCGAUCUACUGUGUAUCGCACGCUUUGAAACCAUCCAAAAAGUUCGAUAAGUUGCGUACCUUUCAGACAAUGAUUGUAACAGUUCCUUUAGAUUAUCAUGUAUUUGCUUCCUGUUGUUUUCUACUUGUUUUACAAUGCUUAAUACAUUAUGCUUUCUAAACA